AUGUACAGUUCGCGUGACACUCCAGCGGCCACUCCAGCCUCAGCACGGUAUGGCUUGGCCUGCGAACAAUGUGUCAAAGCCAAGGCCAAAUGUCUCCGAGAAAAUGAGGAUUCUGCUCAAUGCGAGCGAUGCAAGCGUGUAGGCAAAGACUGUACACCGUCAGUCAAACGACGACGCCUCAAUGACGGGGCGAAGCGUGUCCGUAUAUCGAAGAGUCCUGUUGAUGACCUGAGGACGUCUCGUGUCGAAGAGAAGUUGAAUCAGCUAGUAAGCUUGUUGACACCAUCGACUGCGGACUCGCAAACAUCGACACCAGCAAAUCAGAGCAAUGCAGGUAGCGUCCCUAAGCCAGUCGAUGGCGCAGGCUACAGGAUACCAUGCGAUGCCUUGACUUUGCAGGAAGAGAUGACAUGCCUGGAGACGUUCAGGACUUGUCACCUUACCUUCUUCCCGUUCGUAUCCAUUCCUCCUACUACGACAGUCGCGAAUUUGCGCCAACAAUAUCCGCACCUAUGGAGCGCUAUCGCUGGUAUAACAUGCAAAUCUACUACUCUCCAGCAAGCCCAGAGCGAUUAUCUGAGGCGAACCAUCUCAGAACAGAUUUUGUUCCAGACGAGACCCUCAAUCGACAUCCUCUUGGCUAUACUCGCCUUCGUAGGUUGGCUCCAAUUCCAGGUGAACCCAAACUUCCACACCCAGAAAGAGAACUUCAAGGGGUCAAUUGUCGUCUUCGUGCAGCUAGCCAUCGGCGGAAUCUACGAACUCAAGUUGCACAAGGCGAUCACCACGGACCCGUUGCACAUCAGAUGCGUUCCUGCUCCCAGUGAUGACAACAGGAAAGCUUCGCGUACACUAGUAGAGCGUCGAGCCGUAUUGGCUUGCGUGCUACUCACGUCCUCCAUCAGCAGUACUCUCAAGACCGUAGAGCCCUUGCGCUGGACGUCGCACAUGGACGACUGUCUUCUGGAGCUCGAGAAGCAGAAAACGGAUCCACUGGACGACUUACUGGUACACCUAGUCAAGAUCCAGCGAGUGGUAGAUCGUGCAAACGAAGCAGAAAAUCCUGGCGUGCAAUCCGCGGCCAGUACACCCUACGACAUUCGCCCGACACUAUAUCCGCAGGCGUUACUGAUGCACUUGGACUCCAUCGCCGAACAAAUACCAGCCAGUGUCAAAGAGAUGCCGAUUCUCAUCUUCCAGCUCAGCAGUGCUCGCCUCGUUCUCGCCGAACUGGCCCUGGCCGGCGACCCAACAGUCACAACCACCACCUCAGGUCCUAACCUCCAGCGCUUGAGAUACCUCGAAUUAGCCCUCCAAUCCAUCAAAACCUGGAUAAAUUUUUACCACACACUUCCCUCCGCAUUUAUGCGACAUAUAUCGAUGACGACAAUGCUGCAAUUUCGUUUCUGCGCCGGCAUGCUGUUCGUGCUCACAACUCUGAAUGAGCCAGCCUGGCUUUCACGGGAAGAAGUGAGAGCAGAAGUCGAUAUCCUUGCCGUCAUGGAUCACGCAGCACGGAUGUACGGCGAGGUCGCGGCGGCUGUCGGGUUAGAUAACGGGCCAACCGAUGUCCAAGGGCUUGAUCUAUUCACCUUGGCUUCGGGACGGAGUGCAAAACUGAGGGCGGCCUGGGCAGCGCAGCUAGAACUGCCUGCUGAGCGAAUUCAGGCAGUCCAGAUGUGUUCUGAUGAGUUGGAUGCAGUUCCAGCAUUACCUGCGCCGGAGAGUGGUGAGUUUAGCGAAGUGUAUGCGGGCAUGGAGGAGCUGAACUGGAAAGAGGUGGACUGGUUCAUCGAUUCACUUUUCGUGCUGUGA